AACGUUACUAUUGGUCUGUGUUUCUACAACAUUCAUCUUUUUUUCCCCCUCUUUACAGAAAACGUACCGGAUUAUCAUGAUCGACUCGAUAAUCAUUUUGAACAAUUAUGGCAACGUCAGACUCUCAAGAUUCUACACGACAAAGGAUUGUGCGCUGCAACAAAAAAUACUCAAAGAAACCUUUAAACUAAUCUCGGGUCGCGGAGACAAUAUGUGCAAUUUCAUCGAGGGUAGCCACACAGACAUCUGCGAGGAGGGAAAAAAAAUCGUUUACAGAAACUAUGCGACGCUGUUCUUCGUCUUCUUCAUCGACUCCGGCGAAUCGGAGCUCGGCAUACUCGACAUCAUACAGAUGUUUGUCGAGGUGCUCGACUCGUGCUACCAGGACGUCUGCGAGCUAGACUUGGUCUUCAAUUUUGACAAAAUAAACUACAUCCUCGACGAGAUUGUGCAAGGGGGCCUGAUAGUUGAGACGCGCAAGAGCGCAGUCAUCGAGUCGGUCAAGAAAAUGAAACUGAAGCGCCAAUAG